CAUAACUCCAACCGAUCACAAUCCUUAAAGUAAUGUAAUGCAGAAUAUCCAAAGCCAGAAACCCACGGAUCAAUAACACCACAGAUAGAGCAAGAAAGAGAGAAAGGAAGGGAUACCGAAUCAAAGUGGAAAACUAGAAUGAAGUUAAGGAAGUGGCGAUAAAUUUGCAAAUAUAAACCCCGAAAAACCCAUUGUACAAAACUACUUCCUCGCCUCGGAAGAUCUUUUGGAGGCCUGCGAGUGUCUAGCCUAUGAUCACAUGACUGUGAUUGAUUGAAUACUAAAAGUAAACGGGCUAAAUAAUUUGUCUUAAAUCAACAAUCAGACCCGCAUACUUCACCCCCCGGUUUACUAUAGAAAAUUAAUUUUUGUUCGCACUCCAAAAGGUCACAAGCGUGUUUAUCAUCCGAAUUCACAGUGGAAGAUUGUUUUGUGAAUUCUGAAUGCUUGUGAUAUUCGGAUUCAGGGCUUCUGUCGUUCGCUAUCAUUACAGCUGCCCGUACUAGCAUAAUCGAAGGAUCGCAAUGCGUUUGAUUACAUUUAGAAGUGCGACCACUUGCUCGCUAUUUUAUGUGUUUUAAAUGAAACCCUUACUAGAACGAUCAGCAGCAGCAGCAGCACUUAUGGACAACAAAGUUGAUGAAAUGGUAAGAACGCAACUUCGAUAAUGUGCUUCUCAUUCGCAUUAAACUAAUGAAAGAAAUUUAACUCCCCCUACCCACUUCUGAAGAGCCGAGAAAAAGGGCGUACGUAACACAAGUACAUUAGUGAGAGAGGAUGCCUUAUUUUGUGGGAAGGAAGUAAAAUAACAGCCAACAUCUUUUUAUUGGACAAAAGAAAAAAAAGCAAUUCAACGUAAGCCAAAUGAGGUGGCGCCUUCUAGUAAAUGCAGAGAAACAGAACAAGGAAUUGGAUUGGCAGAAUGCCUUUUGUUUAAUCACUGACACUCACUUACUCCAUUGUUGUCGUAAUUGGUGUUUGUAUUAGAGCAAAGGGGGGGAUGUUUCAUAUUUUUAAUUUUUUUCAAUACCCUGUGCAAUCCAAUAGCAACGGAUGAACGGAUUAUGGCGAGGGGUACGAGUGUGAACCAGACUUUACAUCUGACAAGAUUAGCACAGUUGGCUUGGCAUAUCCUUCACGGAUGUAUUGUGAAUGGUUAUUCUCGAGGCUAGCAUGCUUUGGAAAGUAGUAGGUACAUUUGGAGCAUGAAGUUAUGAUGCGUUUCUAUCAUAAAGUAAAAGAAUAACGAUCGACGGAAAUUACUCAACCAGCUGGAACUAGAUCAAAAGUUUGGGCAUCUUUUAUGCAGGAUACGUUGCAACGGAUCACAGAAAGCCUAACCUAAGCCGCGAACCGGCCGGAUCGGAGCACGGAGGGAUAUGGGAAUCUCCCCGCGCAAUCGUGUUAUCCUGCUGAUGUGUCUGUAUGUAUUUGUCUCUACCUGUGCGUAUGUGUAGGUGUGUGUAUGUUGCAGGACAACAUGUUGGCAUGAUACGAAAGCGAAUGAAUAAUCUAUCGAACGAUGAAAAUGGAGCUCAGUGGUACCACACCAACCAUUGUGAAGAGGCAGCGGGGAAACUGAUACAAUGAUGUGACGCGCGAGCAAGAUUUUGGCGUCUCUGUUAGGGUGGUAUAAGAAGAAAAAAGCAACAAAAAAAUCCAUUAUCCGCAAUCAAAAGCAUGUGAAGCAUUACUUAUCGUACGUAGUAACUUACAAAUGGAAAAAAAUCUCGUGAACAGCAAACACUCCGUAGUGGACACAUGAAAGUAAAUCGAGAAGGCAGAUGGAGCGACAACCAGAGAUGUCAUUGUAAAGAGAAGUAACGAUUUAAACACUCAAAUAAUAAACUUUGAACCAAACAAAUGAUAUUCCAGUCGUUCAGACGGUUUGUGAAAAAUCCGAAAAAGAAACCAAGGAAAGCCAUAGAUUACUGAAGCAAUUUCGUAAACGAUAACAUAUCAGUAUGAUGCUAAAACUACAUACAAACUGAAAACUAAUGCCUCUUUCAUCUCAUUGCAGUAAUUGACCUUCAUAGAAAGAUAUUCCGUAACCGAUAAGCGAGAGAACUACAGCGCCUACAGCACUAUAUAUAGAAAGAAAGGCAUACAAUCACGUACAGUGGAGCAACGUUCAUCCUUAGGCUCAGCUUGUCGGAUGUAGUUCAACUGAUAAGUAAUGAAUGUGUUAUCAAAGGAGAAACAGGUGGUAGACGUCUAACGCUGUCGUAUCUUAUCCACCGAUUUCGGAUGCUAUUGUGCUCCGAAAUACUGCGUCAAUGCCCAGCUAGGUUGUGACUGUCAUUGAGGCAAUCUGCAACAGGCUCUAUUGUUGUGACCAAUUCACGCGAACCACUUAAGUUGAACACACAGAUAGGUGCCGAGGUAGUCGUGGUAGUCGCCUCACGAUUUAUUCAAACAGCCGUACAUGUGAUUCAGCUUGGAGAUGUCCCGUUCGCUCAACCCGACACGCUGUCCAAUGACCGCAUUCGGAUCCUUCGGCACGAUCGUGUCCUGGCCGUUCUUACUGAAUGCCGUCGCACCGUAGUGCAUCACACUACCGUAGUCGUAGCGUACGUUGAAGUCGGUCACCGUCGUACUGGGGUAGAUGUUGAAGUUAUGCUCCUUGCCCUCCUCAAUGUUUUCCCAAACGAUGUCGACA